AUGUCAACUCUCCCCGUCGAGGUCAGGAAUAACACCACCAACAACACGGUCUGGGCGUAUGUUUCUGGUUAUGACAUUGACAAUGGCAAUAAACUACUUUUCAUGGCAGCCGAUGGCAAGUCUAAAUACUAUCCACCGUCUCCUCCAGCCGGACAGACUAUUCAACCUGUUCCAGAAGACUGCGCCAUUAAGCUGGCCCCCACUGGACAGUCCACCGUGCUCGCAAUCCCUCACAUUGCCGGCUGCAGAAUUUGGUUCUCGACCAACGAAAAGCUAAAGUUCUUUCUUAACCCAGGCCCUUCGCUCGUGGAACCUAGCUGCACAAAUAUGGAGGAUCCAAAUAUCAAUUUGAACUGGGCUUUUUGCGAGCUGACGUAUAAUGCUGAUCAAGUUUUCUGUAACAUCUCCAUGGUCGACUUCGUGUCGAACCUACCUUGUGCGCUGACUUUAACGACGACGACGGGGCGCACAGAUCAUGUUAGCGGGAUGAGCAUCAACGGUCUUGCGAAUGUUUGUAGGUCGCUGAAGUGGCAAGCAGCUCAGGACAAGCAGCCAUGGGAUAAACUUAUCUUCAACGGUCCUGACGGACAGCCACUGCGAGUUCUUAGUCCCAAUAACGCCAUGGUCAGGGACCCAAGCCUUUUUCGCGGUUACUUUGAGCCGUAUGUCAAUGCGGUCUAUGCUAAGCAUACUGGUGGGGUGCAACUGUCGUGCGAUACACAAGCUCAAUGGGGAGUAGUCCACGGCACUGUAAAUGAUGAUGUACUCUACUUUGAUGGCCAGAAUAUAAAAUUUCCAAAGCCGUCAACGCGAGACAUCUUCUCGUGCAGCACAGGACCAUUUGCAGAUGGUUCGCCUGAACAAAUGUGCAUUGUGCCUCGUCUUGCCGCAGCAUUUAAUCGUGGCACUCUAGCAAUUUCGACCGGCGGAACAUCAAGUCAAAGCAGCACCAUUCCGGACGCUGCAGGCCCGAGCAGCUACUAUCAGUAUGAGACAUGCAAUCAUUACGCAAGGAUAGUACACGAGCAGUUGUUAGACGGAAGAGGCUACGGCUUUCCAUAUGAUGAUGUCUGCCAAACUGGCGGCCCAGACCAAUGUGGAGCCGUUUAUGAUAGUAACCCGAGGCUGCUUACUAUCGAAAUCGGAGGUAAUGGAGCUUAUUGCACUCCCGGUGCACCUGGUGCGCCGGCGCAGUAA